UUUGAUUGUAAAAAGUGUGCAUUUAAAAUUGUAUUGGAAUUGAAGAAAAACGUAAGUUUGCUUAUAAUGCACAGGGCCAUUGGGCAUGAUUUGAGUGGCGAGUGGCGCACCAGCGAUGUGGCCGCGGGCCCCAUGACGUCGUUCAAGCCAUUAAAAUUGCGCGAUGAAAUUAUGAUUGCUUUGCACAAACACAAGUUUGUGACGCCAACCAGAAUCCAAGCAGCGGCCAUACCCGUGGCGCUCAGCGAAAUCGAUCUGCUCGUGCAGUCGAAGAGUGGCACGGGAAAAACGCUCAUCUUUGUGUUGGCUGCUUUGCAGUCGCUCAAAGACAAAACCCGUAAACCCCAUGCUCUAGUAAUUGUGCCCACACGUGAACUGGCGGUUCAGGUGAAGGAUACCUUGAAUGACAUGGGUGAGCAAAUAAAAGGCUUCGAGGCGGUCCAUUUCUUUGGCGGCACAGAGUUGGGCAGGGAUCGCCAUCGUGCGGUCACGGGUCGCGUCAUUGUGGGCACACCUGGUCGGUUGCUGCACCUGAUGCAGAUAAAUUGCCUGGACACGUCGGAGAUCCAGUUGUUGGUGCUCGAUGAAGCUGACCAAUUGUACGGGCAGGAUGGUAUGCAGUCCACAGUCGCCAGCAUUAUACGAUUGCUGCCGGCAAAGCGUCAGAUUAUUGCGUGCAGUGCCACCUACGAGAAUUCCCUGGACGAGAAGCUUGCCAAACUAAUGCAAAAACCCGUUCUAAUAUCCAAUAGCGAGCGUGCCACCGUGCUUUUAGGAGUACGGCAAUUCGUUUUGGAGCUGCCGGCACAGGUCAACAAAAUGCUGGAAAUGAAGGCAAAAAUAGCGGCACUGCAUCGCAUCUUUGAGCAGCUAACCUAUCAGCAGUGCAUCAUCUUUGCCAGCUCACAGCUACGUGCGGAUUCCUUCACCAAUUAUCUGCGUGCCGAUGGACUUCAAUGCGAACUUAUGUCGGGAGCAUUGCCGCAAAACGAGCGUCUGGUGACCUUCCAGGGCUAUCGGAACUUUACAGUGCGCACAAUUGUCUCGACAGAUGUGUUUUCACGCGGCGUGGACUCAUCGCACGCCAAUUUGGUUAUCAAUAUCGACUUACCCAAGGAUUAUGUCUCAUAUUUACAUCGAAUUGGACGUGCUGGACGUUUUGGUGCUCAGGGCAUUGCUAUCACCAUUUUAUCAUCACCCCAACAGCGCAAGGAGUUCAGGGAAAUGAUAGCUAAUGCGGGCACAGGCAUGUCUGUUUUAUAUUUUCCGGAGAAAAAUAUCGAAGGUUACGACUUUUGGAAUUUCGACUCCUAUAAGUUUCCAUACUUCAUGAAACCAGAUGUACCUGAGCAGAAAAAUGCAUCUAAGCCGAUGGCUCAGGAACAUCCUCAAAAACCAAAAGGCAAUGCAAUCUCCGACAUAAAUGCGCACAUUGAAAAUAAUAAUAAGAAAAAAACUAUUGUGAUGGAACCAAGCCAACAUCUCGAAAGUUAUUCGGAUGAAGAAAAGCUUAAAGCUGAAAUUAAUAAGUUAAAUAAACCGAAAUCGGUGAACACUAGUCAACCUCAUCACGAAAUUGAACAUAAAUCUUCUGAGAUAAGCCCCAGUGCUGAGCAAAUUACAGAAAGGGAAAGUUUGGAGAAAAGUAAAUUGGAGAAUCAGAAGGCAACUCCUCAAGUCACUCAAGCAGACCAUCACAGAGAAAUAAAUAGUAUAGAUCGCAUAUCCAGCAUUGAUGUGCCCAUCGAAAAAAGUAAGAGAAAUGAAACAAGACUGAUGAAAAGUCUUCAAGAAAUCGACACCAUAUAUCAGGAACUGGAGAAAAAUGCAGCCGAACUACUGAGCGCUGUGGAGAACAAAGAGAAUCGCUCAAACCCUAAUUUACCCGAAUCCAACCAAAAGCGCACAAGAGACAUAUCUAAAAUAGGGCUGAAUCCCAAGGAGGGAGAGAAUGAUGAAUUGGUUCCCCAAAUCGCUGAGCCAACUCCUCCGCCACCACCGCUGCUCAUACAACCAGCUGAAGAUAUAGAAAGUGCUGCCACUACCAGUGAGAUUGAUAACAAAACAUAUUGCCUGGCUGUGCCAACCGAGCAAAGUUCAACCACGCUGAUGCCGCUGGCCAUUUCCAAUACGGUGGACGAUGCUAGCAGUAUCAUAUCGGACAGCAUUGAGAAUGGCUAUGCCAGUGAUGGAUCUUAUGUUAGCUAUUUCUCCGAAAGCGAUGAGAAAGUCAUUUGGCAACGCUAUAAGUCGCAGGAAAAGUUCAAAAAAAUGCAUCGUUAUACAAGCAAACGGUUGAAGAAACGUCGUAUAAGACUUAAGAAAAUGGUGAUUGAAACAAGUUAUCAAGAUGAGGAGGAAAAGGAUAUUAUUAAUAUUGAUAUGAGUGAAGAAAUUGAUGAAGAUGUUGAUCUAACCAACCCAAAGAAUAAUAAAUUUAAUCCUGUGAUGAAUAUCAACGAAACAGAUAAUCAAUACCUCAAACCGCUAAAGAAGAAAGGCGAUUUUAAAAUGAACCAAACGCAGCUCAAGACACCGAAAAUAAGCUCGAAAGACUUUGCACUACCCUUGAUUCUGGCAGGUCGCAGGAAUUUGUUGCUACUUGAAAAGUUUGAAAAUCACAACCGCAUUCGUCAACGUCUACAUCUCUACAUUAAACAAUGCGGAUGGAGCAUUGCCCAAACCCAUAGUUGGCUGGAUCAGUUAUAUGAGGCAGCACAGUAUUUGUAUUAUCGUGACCAUAAUAAGUCAAAGCCUUUGCAACCGAUGAUGCGGGCUGCACAAUUGUCGGAAUCUUCGGAACCAAUUCAUUAUAACUCGCCAGCGGAAUGGUAUGCACAAAAGUUAAGUGUUCAUGUGAAUGAACAGGUGAACAUUGCACCCGUAAUAGCUGAUAGAGUUGAAGCAGGGGGAGGAGGAGGAAUAGUUUUUGCUGCGGAUUUAGCGAAUGAAGAAUCUUACGAUGAAGAUACAGAGACGAGUUCCUCCCAUACCCGACCCGAAGACGAUCUGGAUUAUGAAUCAACAGCACCUUCAUCGAGUGGCUUCGUAGAGAGUAAUGAAAGCGCUUCAUCCGGCAUUGAUACGUCCCAAUACUCUACCAAUUCGUCAUUACCCCUAAGCUCUUACACCGAGGAGGAAUAUGAAGAUGAAUAUGAAGAGGAAGAAGAAGAAGACGAGGAUGAUUUAGACGAAGACGGCAAUGAAAGCAGUAUGCGCUUGACAGGACCAAGUUCACAGGGCUCUGGAACUGACUCGGACAGCGAGAACACAUUGAGCGAAAACGAUCAGAUUGGUAAUCGAUUAGCUCUUGAUCGUCAUCGGUGGGAGCAAAUCUAUCAAAAUCAGCUGCGAUUCAUUUAUGAUUAUGUGGCCAGCUGCACCAAUUCCCAUUAAAAUACGGGAACCUGUUAAUUACUAAUUACUCUAGAGCCUGAAACUUCACAUUUUUUAAAAAUAUAAGAACUAUAUACAUUUCAUAAAUAACAAGGCUAAUCAAAUGAUAUGGUACAAAGACCAAUUCAUAUUCUAAAUAGCUGUAAUUAAAAUGAUAUUCAGCCAUUUAAUAAGGAUAUUUUAUUGAUGUUUUUAUCAAAUAACUACUAACAUUGUAUCAAUACGAAAUGAAUUAGACAUGAGGUUUAUGUUUCCUAUGAGAUAUUUUUGAACAAAGAUGUGGAGUACGUUUCAAUAACUUAAAUAGAAAUGUUGAAAAUCAAAUAUUUAAAGAUGAUAUAAAAAGGAAUCAUAUAAUUCGAAUAAAAGAACUAGUAUGUGCACUAGA